GCAUCCAACUCGCUUGCCAGUCAAGCGCAAAACUUUCUGCCAUGUCCUUCUGCCGCGUCUCUUAUCCCAUAACUUCCCAUUGUCUUCUAACUUAACAGUGCAACUUUCGGCGAAAUGUAAAAAAGUUUAAAUGUGUUUUUGGCUUACUCCUAGCACCCAAGUUAGUUGUUUCCUACUGCACACGCAUACUUUGUGGGUUGUUUGUGUCUCCUAGAAUUUCAAAGUCCGACAUCCGUGAGACGCCUGCAGGACUAGUCAAACGUUGUGCGUUUUACUGCCUAGUGUCGAAUGUCAUUAUAUUUUCUUAUACCGUCAUCUUGAGUCGAUAACUACAAUGGCGCUCGGCGUAUGUGGAUGAUAUCUGUCUUAAUGUUCGAGAUGCCAUCGUCCUCUUCAUCCACAGAAAUGGACAUUUUCAACGCAACAUCAGUCAAUGUUUUCAACGCUUCGCUUUACGAUGAUACCCUGCCAGAAGAACUCUCUUUCAACACAAAUGGACUUGUACAAGUCGUUGGAUACUCUGUCCUGUUUGUGGUUGCCGCCGCUGGUAAUGUACCUGUGUUCGUGACACUGCUCCGGAAUCGGAACCGGAAAUCCAGAAUCAAACUGGUGAUCAUGCACCUGACGAUUGCUGACCUUAUUGUGACAUUCAUCAUGAUACCCUUAGAAAUCAUUUGGAGGUUGACUGUGCAGUGGCUAGCCGGAAAUGCGAUGUGCAAACUGAUGCAGGUGCUUCGAGCGUUUGGACCAUAUUUGUCUUCGAUGGUGCUUGUGUGCAUUAGCUUGGAUAGGUACUUUGCCGUGGUGCACCCACUCAAAGUGAAUGAUGCUCAUCGGAGAGGGAAACUAAUGAUCGGUGUGGCUUGGCAUAUCAGCCUAAUUUGCAGCGUGCCACAGGCGAUUAUCUUCCACGUGAUGGAACAUCCCUCCCACCCGGGAUUUCAUCAGUGCGUCACUUUUUCCUCCUUCCCGACAGUGUGGCACGAGAAGGCGUACAACUUUUUUUGCCUCAUGGCACUCUAUGGGGCUCCCCUCACUCUCAUCGUGUACUGCUACGCACGGAUAUUAUGGGAGAUUUACAAUCAGUCCCGGUACACUUCUCAAGCCUGUUCACCAGAAGAUGCCACUCCCACUCUCCAACAAUACCGAGGUCGCUUCCGCCUCCGUCGCUCAGAUGUCCGCCACAUGGAACGUGCCAGGAACAAGACCCUCCGUCUUACCGUCGUCAUAGUGCUCGCCUUCGUCUUUUGCUGGACGCCAUACGUCAUCAUGGUCCUCUGGUACCAGUUCGACCCGGACAGCGCCGGUCACGUGGACACCUAUCUCCAAUCAUCGCUCUUCAUGUUCGCCGUUUCAAACUCGUGUGUGAAUCCGUUGGUGUACGGCAGUUACAUGACCGGUUUCAGCAAUCUCUGGUCCAAGUACUGCUGCCGUGAGAACGUCGUACCUUGUAACCUGUCGAGGCAGACGUCGAAACAGACACUGACGUCGACCGUGCCGCGAACGCCGCUGAUUGAGAAAGUGCUCGCGAGAGACUACGCCAUGUAUUGUUCGGACUCGUCGCCGUGCCACGUGGACGUCUUAGUUAACGUGAACGGAACGUACGCCGUGUUGGGACAGCAUAAGCAAGAGACAGACAAUCGUGCGCAUAGGAGGUCGACGACAAGUUUGCUGUCGGCUCAGUUCAAAAGAAAGUGGCACAAGUCGUCCAUGAUGAACUGCUCCGUGGUGAGAAGUAAUUACAGUAUGUAAACAACUUCUGCUGUUAUUGUUAGAAACUGUGGACAUUUACGGGCCAUCCGUUAACAAACACGCACGCUAGACCUCGUUAACUUCGGUACGGUACACAGCGUCCUUACGUGUUUUACCAGCGGUAUUUUUGCAUGUUAUGCGUACACUGUUAUUCUACAGAUGAAAGAACAAUCUCUGUUCAAAAAAAAAAAAAAAAGAAAGAAAAAUGGCGGUUCCCGUCCUGAGGCUUUAGCGUCAAACCACAUUUGUUGGAAAAGUUCUUGGACCUUUUUUAUAUACUCGUAUAUAUAGAUGCACCAAUCAAGAGAUUAUUCACACAGAGUACUAUAUUACUUAUCACUAUUACGCACAAAAGAAGAACGAUCUCUGUUCAAAAUAUCGGCGGUUCUCACCCUAAAGCUCUUCCCUUAACCAUUCCUCAACGGUUCGCUUGCCCUUCUACCCUUCUAUUUUACGCUUUUAAUGUUGGCUGCGUCGUAUAAAUCUAUACUUGAGUUUCAGUAUAGAAUAUAUUUUGUUUUUCCUCCUAGGCCUCACAUGAAAGGUUUACUAUCCCAAUACGUCGUCUUCGACCACCAAAUGUGAACGUGCACGGUUCUGCAGGAAACUUAGUUUCAUCAAUUUGUACGUAUAUUUCAUAACGUUGUCUCCUUGACGUACCUUCUUGCUGUUUUUUGAGGCAGUUCGGGCUACGCUUACUAAGAAGCAGAGCAUCAAUACAUGAACGACAUUUUGGUGCGGCUUUCACACGUGUUUAGGUGGCGACAACACGGGAAGAAGACAGAGAAGAGAAUAAUAUAUUAGAGGGAUUUUCAGGUGAUUGUGCUGCGUCUUUCUACCUGCCUUCGUUAAAGUUUCCUUGUCGCUUGUCAUGUUUCAGUUCAUAAUCCCAGCCCUUGCAUCACACUACUGUUGUCGCAACCAAAAUUGUUCUACCCGCUCUGCUCUAAAACACGUGCAUUCCUUUUGCUCAUGAUCUUACAUAAGACAUUAAGACAUCGAAACUGUUUGAACGAUUGAUGGACCAUCUACUCUUGAUGUUAUUUUAUAAGCUAUUUACGUACUGUCGUUGCUGUUGU